AUAUCCUUCCGCGUUCGCCGCAGUCAGUUUGUAAACAUCCCCCAUUUCAGCGAGCAGAAGCACCACCGAGCAGAUUUAGUUCUUUAUCGGAGAUUAAAAUCUCCCACAAUCUUUUCCAACAUGAAGUUCGUGUAUAAAGAAGAGCAUUCGUUUGAGAAGAGACGGUCUGAGGGAGAGAAAAUCAGGAAGAAAUACCCGGACAGAGUGCCUGUGAUUGUUGAGAAAGCUCCCAAAGCCCGGAUAGGAGACCUGGACAAGAAGAAGUACUUGGUUCCCUCCGACCUGACAGUGGGUCAGUUUUACUUCCUGAUCCGGAAAAGGAUUCACCUGAGAGCUGAAGACGCGCUCUUCUUCUUCGUCAACAACGUCAUUCCUCCCACAUCCGCUACCAUGGGCCUGCUCUAUCAGGAGCAUCAUGAGGAAGAUUUUUUCCUGUACAUCGCCUACAGUGAUGAGAGUGUGUAUGGAGAGGACGUGUAGCGUUCGGCCUUGUCCCAAUCCUCACUGUUAAACUGAAUAAUAAAUAUACAGUAGUCCAGCUGAGUGUCCCAGGCACUUUCACAUCCUGCUCUCACUUCUGCAGUGUUUGUACAUUAUUCAUGAUUCUGGCCUGCCUGAAACAUCCCGCUUACACACACACACACACACAUUCUCUCUCUCACUCUCUCACUCUCACUCUCUCUCUCUCUCUCUCUCUUUUUACUUUCCUUCAGUGCUGUGUGUUUGUUUUUAUGGCUCUUCUUGUGCAUGUACCAUCGCUGAUACUGAUUUGAUGAUUUUUAUUUA